AUGGACGGGGGAAUUGAUAUUGAUGCCAGCCGAGAUGUGUACGAAGAGUUCAUUGAUACUGAUGGACUGGUGGACGAAGCGGAGGUCUUAAAUGGAACACAGAUCGAAAAAAACGAGGAGGAUUGCCCUUCUACAGUUUCUAUCCUAGAAUGGUUCACAUCAAACACAUGGGACAAUAUUAAUGACCCAUCACCUACAUUGGGUACAGGACAGCUUACAAGUUGGCAUAAAGAUGACCAGCUGACGAAGGGGAUGCUAUUCCAAAAUAAAGCCUCCAUUCAUUAUGUGUUGACCCUCUACUCUGUGGAGCAUAAUAAGCAAUACAAUGUCAUUAAGCCCGACACCAAUAAGCUGGUAGUGCGGUGCAUAAAUGAGGCAUGUCCAUCGUCAAUUCGGGCUAUUUGCAGCAAGAAGCACAGGAUGUGGGUGAUCAGUAAAUGUAAUGGUCCCCACAGCUACACAUCCCUCCAAGUAGCGACCGAUGGCCGGAUGAUGGAUUCAAAGUUCAUCUCCAUUGCACUUGAGAAGUAUGUACAGGAGGACCUAACCCAAUCUGUAAAGGACCUACGUAGUAUUCUGCAUGCGAAGCACGAGCAUGAUGUAACUAUGUACAAGGUUUGGGAAGCUAAACAGAAGUGUGACCCCCGUGUCCCGAGGACUUGUAUAUUCAACUCCGCGUUUUGGGCUUUUGGUCCGUGUAUUAGAGGGUUCAAGCAUUACAAGCCGGUGAUAAGCAUAGAUGCAACGCACCUCUAUGGCAAGUAUAAAGGAAAGCUGUUGAUAGCAAUGGCAACAGAUGGUAACAACAAGGUUUAUCCACUUGCGUUUGCCAUUGUUGAAAGCAAGAGCACGGAGUCCUGGGGAUGGUUCUUGGCAUGCUUGCUGACCUAUGUUAUGGACCAGACCAAUUUGUGUAUAAUCUCUGAUAGGCAUCGUGGGAUACAAUCAUGCUUCGAUGACACUGAACAUAGGGGCUACUUGCAACCGCCCUUAGUCCAUCACCGGUAUUGA